GCAACCAAACCCUAACAUCCGGGGCCUUCUCAAGAACCCCAAUUGAAACCACCCAGACACAAGGACAACAAGUGCAGCACUUCACCAUGUUCGCCCGCUCCGUCCUCCGCAAGGCCCUGGCCCUGCCAUUCGAGCAGACCCCAUCAUCAACCACACUCUUCCGGGCCACUCUAUCCACAACAACAUCGACAUCGACGCAGUCCUCGAACCCAGAAUCCCCAUUGAGCGCAUCGCCCCGUGCAGAAUUCAACGACCCCACGCAACAACAGCACCAACCCCCCGUCACACCCUCCGCCGCCAUCAGAUCCGCCUCGACACCCUACACAACCCCCCAAGCAUCCAGCCACAUCCCCAUCCACAAACAACCACUCCCCCCGACCUUCGAAUCGCCCCUGAAAGUCACAAGCUCCCUCCUCGAGCUCCUCCCGCACCUCGUCGCGCAACGAUCGCACUAUAUCACCGCGCACGUCCAUGCGAAGCCCUACCUCGUGACAGCGGGCGACCACCUCCGUCUGCCCUUCCUGAUGGCCAAUGUGCAGCCCGGCGAUGUUAUCAGACUGAACCGGGCAUCUGUGAUUGGUUCGAGAGACUUUACGCUGAAGGGGAAGCCGUAUAUUGACGAGCGGAUGUUUGAGUGUCGGGCACGGGUUGUGGCUGUUGAUUCGGAACCGAUGCGGUACAAGGAGAAGACGAAGAGGAGGCAGAGGCAUGUGCGGACGAUUAAGAGCAAGGAGCGGUAUACGAUGCUAAGGAUUAUGGAUGUUAAGGUUAAGACGGAGGAGGAGUUGGUGAAGGAGGGGGCUGUUGUUGUUGAGGGCCAGGAUCAGGCGACGUUGGAGGUUAAGUCGUGAUUUGUGAGUUUCACAGAUAUUUACGGAUAUGUUGAAAAGGAAAAUGAUUUUUUAGGAAAAGUCACGUUCAAUGAUGGGCUACUGUCCUCCUGUUCUUGGGGCUGGGCAUGCUAUGUACAGAUAGAUUGAUUGCGCAUGUAUCUAUAAUGGAUUUUCUGUUUACUCUUAUUCAAGUUCCAGUGCCAAGUGGAAUUCAUGCAUUUCAUAACUAUCACCAUCA